AUGGGCCUGAAUCUCAUCAUACUCAGCGUAUUUGUGUCCCGAAUAAUAUUGAUAGCGGCUGCAGCUGCUAGCAAUUAUGACCCCUAUAAACCCAAUCUAAUUAGAAGCGAAUAUUUCCAAAUGGGCCAGACAAAUGUUAGUUUCUGUCAUCAGAUAAAUUCCGGCAAGGGAAUUCCUAUCAUCAUGCCAAACUCUACCCAAGGAACCUACGGGGCUGUUCAGCCAGCCACACCGUUGAGCUUGACCCCGACCAAGUGUUCCAACUUCAAAUGCACAAAGAUACCCAUAUUUCAUCCCCCUGUGAUGUCCAGCUGCAAGACAAUUGUCCAAACACUGCUGAAUAAUUCGACCGGAACGUUCAUUGCACCACCAAGUAAGCCGAGCUCAUUAUGA